GGGCUAAGAAUUCAUAUCAACAAGCUUUUCCUUCUUCAUUAUUAAUCACUAGCUACCAAGAAAACAGCAGACUCAAGAGAAGAGAUUAAUUAAAAGGAAGAUGAGUUCAACGAGCAGAGCAUGGAUUGUGGCAGCCAGCGUUGGAGCAGUUGAGGCAUUGAAAGAUCAGGGUAUCUGUAGAUGGACUUACACUCUGAGAUGUCUCCACCAGCACGCCAAGAACAAUAUUGUCCUCCUCCCAUCGUUCUCUCAGGCCGGCAGGAACAUCUCUUCCUCCUCCUCAGCCAUGGCAAUGAUGGGUAAGAAGGCCUUGACAGACCAGCAGCAGCACAUGAAGCAAUCAGAAGAAUCGCUAAGAAAAGUUAUGUACUUGAGUUGUUGGGGUCCCAAUUGAGUGAUUCAUCCCCAGAUUGAAAACGAUCAAAACCAAUUUAUACUUUAUAGGCUGUAAAUACCAUUAUUCGCUAUAAAUACAUACUUCUCAUCUCAAAAUCUGCGGAGCCUUUUUUCUUUUUUCUAUUUUCUUUUCUUGCUUAUUAUAAGUCCCCAUUUAGCCUCCUAAUGAAUCGAAUCAAAUGGGUUUGGCUCA